UCCGGGCGAGAGGUUGCAUUUCCGUUUACUAUAACUGUAGCUGUCGAAGAAGAGAAGAAAGGUGAAAACACGGGAAUUUUGCUGCACACCUGUCAGAAGUUGUGAGAAGAUGUUGAGGAGGAAACCGACUCGCCUGGAGCUCAAGAUUGACGACAUCGAAGAGUUUGAGAGCAUUAAGAAGGAGCUUGAGGCUAGGAAGCGCCAGCGAGAGGAGGCAGAGUCAGGAGGUGGAGUGGGUGGUUCCUCUGUAAUCGGUGUUGACAUAAUUGGGGGCGGAGCCUCAGCGUCGGCCUCUUCCUCCACGGCAGCGUCGAGGACGGAGCUCAUCAACGAACGCAUCGGCUACAAGCCUCACCCCAAACCCGCCACGCUGCCCACGUUGUUUGGAAGUUUACAGUUUUAACAUGAACAUAAAUGAAUACAAUUGAA